ACCAAGUCUCUCCUGUCCUGUCCAAGUAAUAAAGCACCGAAACCGGCCGCCGACGACCAAGACCUGCAACCGAUGGAAGGCAUUCAGCAGCUGCCAGCGGACGUCCUCGUGUCGGUGAUCUCCCGCGCCGCCGCGGGGCCGAGGGAUGCCUGCAUCGCCGCCACGGUGUCGCCGGCGUUCCGCGCCGCGGCCGACUCCGACACCGUGUGGUCACGCUUCCUCCCGGCUGACCUCGCCCCGCUCGUCUACCCGACGCCUCCGCCAAGAUCCAAGAAGGAGCUCUUCCUUCGCCUCUCUGAAACCCAUGCCCUCGUUGAAGAUGGCCUCAUGAGCGCGUGGCUGGACAGGGAGACCGGCGCCAAGUCCUAUAUGAUUGCGGCCAGGGCUAUGGCUAUUAUCUGGGUCGACACGCCGGACUACUGGCGCUGGAUAGUGCGCGAAGACUCAAGGUUCUCGACAUGCGCUGAACUGUUAGCGGUUUGUUGGCUGGACAUCUCCGGUUGCAUGCCAUGCAGGAUGCUGUCAGGUGACACGCGCUAUGCAGCCUACCUGGUAUUCAAGAUGGCCGAUGACUGCUUUGGCCUGGAUUCUCCUCUUCAGGAGGCAUCGGUCAGCGUCGGAGAGGGGGGCACAUCAACGGCCCACUGGAUCAGACUACAGAGCUACCACGUCGGCGACGAAGAGAACGGCGUAACCGAGGAAGGAGCUCCACCUAGGCUCCCACAUGAGAGGCCUGAUGGCUGGAUGGAGGUGGAGCUAGGAGACUGGUACAACCAUGGAGGCGACGACGACCUAGUGGUUCGUGCCAGUGUGAAGGAGGCCAGGUUUGGAGGCAACUGGAAGAAAGGGCUUAUUGUUCAGGGCCUUGAGAUUAGACCUAAGAACUGAUUGAGGGCUGGUUGAUCAUAAAAUUAUAUGUAUAUGUCUCAGUUUGGAGUGCAUUCAUGUUGGAGCUAUUAUGUAAUAAUACGCCUGCAGGCUGCAGCCGUUCCUGAUGCA